AUGGAUAUUGAGCAAGCUUUUAAACAGCAAGUUCAAAAUAACUAUUCUCAGAAAAUGCAAGAGCUUGCUAAUUUGAACGGAUGGGAUAAUUUCUGGAAUGCUGGAUAUUCCAUCAUAUUCAAUUUGCUAGUUCCGAAGAAGUUAGAUUCUAGAAAGAAUCUGAAAGAGACAAACAAGCAAGAAAUAAUCUCAGAAAUAAAGUUGAUAACAAUGAUCCAAAUUCUCCUUAUCAUAAUCGAAGCCAUCUUGCAAAAAACAUUCACCAAAGAAGAAUUACAAUAUAAGGAUAACAUUAUAUUCAGUGUAACUGUAAUUUUAAUGUUCUUAAAUCCAUCGUAUAAUCAAGCUGAAAUUUCAGCAUCAAAGGUACAAAAGCAUAUGAAACAAUGGAAUUCAGAUCCAUUUAUACGAAGCUUGGUAGAUUUAUCUAAUCAAGAGAGUAAUAAUUCAAAUGAAUAUUAUGAAGAUAUGGAUAGUAAUAAUAAUAAUAAUAAAAGUGAUAAUUCUAGCGACAAUAAUGAAGAUAAUUGA